AUGGUCAAGGAAAGAAGAUUCACGCUAAGGUUAAAGGUUAAAAGACCAAGCACAGAUGAGGCUGCCGUGAUCUAUGUCGUAGAAAGUUUUCCAAAAGAACGCGGUUAUGCGAGCAGCGAUGAUUUGAGAAAAGCGUACUCAAGAGAACUGGCGCAAAAGGUGGCCAGGAGGUCUUCAGAAGAGGGCAGAGAUGGUGCAGGCAAAGGUCGUAAGGAAAGGUCCGCAUCUCCAGCCAAAGUCCUUGAACAAGAAGUGGUUUGCCGAGCAAAUGGCGUCAAAGCUGAAAUGCCAGUGUUUUGCUUGCAAAUGAUACUCCGCAACUAUUUCUCAUAUGAGCAGUUGGGCCAACUAAGAGCCGUACAUCCCCAUUGGGACGAGAUAUGCGGGCAGCUUCUGAAUAGUGGUUACUACAAACUGUUGGAAAGGUCGGACCAAAUGCUGAUGGCUCUGCAGCGUAAGCUGCCCUCCGACCCUAGUCUUCAUUUUCCGACCAGCGUUCUUACAAACAUCCAAGUGCAUAUUCUUAAUUCUGUCGAUAUCAUGAGAGCUGUGCUAGACGAAGGGGUAUGUUGCUUCCCUUAUGGAGUGAUUUUGGACAAAACAAACGCUCUUCUGGAUCAAGUCGAGUUCAUGAUGAAAGGUGGAGACCUGGAGAAAAUCAAGUGGGAGCCUGUUGCACUUCUUGCAAAGAAAGCCGCCCUCCAUUAUCGCACUCAGUUAGAGAGAACCAUGGAAGAAAGUACAGUGUCAAAACUUGAAAAGGAUGCAAAUAUGGCAAGGGACGAGCUAAAAUGGGAGUUGGAGCAGCUGCAGCAGCAGAAUCAACAAUUGAGGAAGGACAAUCGUCAGCUGAAGAUGGAUCAUAUGCGUCUGGAAUCCCGUGUGGAGAUUCUGGAGCAGAAAUUCAAAACACUGGCAAGACUGCUUAGUUAG